AUGUCGACAGUCUUCAAGGCCAAGGACAGCAGUUGGAUCUCUCCGGAUAGGAUUGUAGCUCUUAAAGUGACACACCCGUCCUCAAUGAGCGCACCUCACAACUCUAAGCGGGAAGCGAGGCUGUUAGCAGAGUGCCAUCACGACGCUGUUGUCCCACUGCUGGAGUCAUUCAACGAAUCUGAUGGUCGCUUUGUUCUGGUCUUUCCAUUCCUUCGGCAAGACCUCGAGAAUCUGCUCCGCAGUGGCACGCUGAACGGCAAACAAAAGAGCAUGGUCUUCAACGGUCUCUUCAACGCGUUGGCUCACAUUCAUAGUCUUGGCAUCAUCCAUCGCGAUAUCAAGCCAUCCAAUAUCCUCUUGAAGAGCAUGGACGGUCCAGUCUAUCUUGCUGACUUUGGCAUUGCCUGGUCACCACGCGAUGCAGACUCCGAGCCAGCUGAUGCUAAGAUCACGGAUGUUGGAACAACGUCUUAUCGACCUCCUGAAUUGUUAUUCGGCCACCGUUCCUACGAUGCGUCACUUGAUCUCUGGGCGGCAGGCUGUGUGGUAGGUGAGAUGGUCAAGCAGGGUCACUACCCUCUCUUCGAUGGUGGUCCGUUGGGUAGCGAGUUGGGUUUGAUCAAGUCGCUUUUUACCACACUAGGUACUCCUAGUGAUGAGACGUGGCCUUCUGCUACUUUGUACCCAGACUGGGACAAGAUGACCUUUGCGCAGUUUCCCGCCAAACCAUGGGAGGAAAUUUUGCCUGGCGCAUCCGCGACUGCCAUUGGUUUUGUCUCAAAGACCGUCUGCUUCGAGUCGAUGCACAGGCUGACAGCAGUUGAGGUAGGAAGAUCAAAGCCCGAGAGCUGGUUCAGGCACUUACAAAGUAUAGGCAUUGCAGCAUCCUCUCGCCAGUGA